CUACCAUAUGUUAUUAAAGCAACUUCCGUUUCCGUUUUCCUGUGUAUUAGAGGUAAAGCAAGAUGGCGGCCGUUGGACGUUUCUCUCAGACGCUGCGCUCCGUGUUUGCGGCUCAAACUCGGCAGCUUUCGGCCGCUGCGGCUCACGGAGAAGGAGGGGCAAAGACCUGGAAGCUGCUGUCCUUCUUGGUGGCUCUGCCAGGAGUGGGAGUGUGUAUGCUGAACAUGUUCCUGAAGUCUCAGCACCACGGCCAUGAGCAGCCCGAGUUCAUCCCCUACACACACCUCCGCAUCCGCAGCAAGCGUUUCCCGUGGGGUGACGGGAACAAGACCCUCUUCCACAACUCCCACGUUAAUGCUCUUCCUGACGGGUAUGAACACCACGAGUGAAGGAUGCACGCUUUCCUAUCAGACCGGACCAGAGGGCUUCUUAAACCCCUCUCUUAACUCCUGGACCAUGUUCCACUAUGUCUGUUUACGUACUUGUACGUUUUAACCAUCUCUGAACUCUCGCUCAUGAACACAGUUAAUCGCCCUGGACCACGGUGUGAACGUGAAUAAAAUAAUAAAUAUAUAAAUUA